GACGUUGCUUUAUUCUACUGCUUCGUCGUCUAGGUUUUCUGGUCCUGGCAGAUAGAUUUUUCUUCUGCCUAGCCCACACUGAUGUUGUGUGUGGCACAUUUUUCACCUGCUGGAAAUUUUGCUGUGAAUAUGAACUGUUGUGAUCUUUUUCCUCGGGGGAUUAGUGUUAGCUGAACGAGAAAGUGGAAAUACAUUUUCAAGCAUAGCAGAAUAGUGCUGUGAUGGAAUUUAUAAUGAGUGAAAUUCAUAAUUAACAGUCUCUAUAUGAACCCAUCAAUUUGCUUCCGAACGAGUGUUUGCCGCAGGGGUAAUUUUGUUAGUGAAAUUAAAAAUUUAAAGAUAAUGAAAAGUUCAGUUUGUUAGUUAAGAAAAUCAACGCGUUGUGAGUGGAGUUCUACGUGCUCAAAAUAAAAGAAAACAUUUAAUCGACUUUCAAGAUCAUUCAUCGCUUCAUACCUGCAGGGUGUAAUCAAUUACACUUAUACCAGUUCAGAUGCUAUCAAUGUUUAGUAAGUAAACAUAUUGGAAAUAUUGGCGAUCGUUUUUGAAAUCGGAAUUCGACUUCCGAGAGAAAAAUCCCAAUCCACUGGGAGAGCAUCCAGCAGUGAGAGAAAAUGAGUGAUACUACAAGUGGGAUAAGUGACGCUGGAGAGUAUUCCAACUCUUCCAUCCCGGCCAGUGAGGUUGAUAGCCUGUUGGGUGAAACUGGGUCAACAAACAACGUCGAAAUGACUGGCGCCAGCAAGGAGCAAAAUCCGGAAAAGGUUGAAGCGGAAAAUACACCCAUACACAGCACUGGCGACGAUAUAAGCUCUCUGGUGUACUCCUUCGCGAAGAAAGUGGUGACAGUAGGUAUAAUCUACUUUGUCGGUUAUAUGGGAUGGUCGGUGGCAUGGCUUAUAACGCCGGUCAUCCUGUCGGUGGCCCGCGAGCAGUGGCGAACGAAGAACGAAACGCGUCGCAAUGUUGCAAAAGCGUCGGCGUUGGCCAACGAUAAAGAGGUCAUCCUAGCGCGACUCGGCGAUUUGCCUGCAUGGGUAUUCUUCCCAGACGUUGAACGGUGUGAGUGGCUCAAUAAGAUCCUGAAACAAGUAUGGCCCAAUGCAAACUUCUUCGCAAAGAACCUCAUCAAGGAGUCCAUCGAGCCAAAUAUUCAACAGGCAUUGGCCGGAUACAAGCUGAACGGCUUCAAAUUCGACCGUAUGAUUCUGGGAACAAUCCCUCCCCGAAUCGGCGGAGUGAAGGUGUAUGAAAAGAACGUCGCACGCAAUGAAAUCAUCAUGGAUUUGGACCUGUUCUACGCCGGCGACUGUGAUAUCAACUUUUCGUUGAGUGGAUUACGGGGUGGAAUUAAGGAUUUCCAAAUCCACGGCACUGUGCGAGUCAUAAUGAAGCCACUCAUUUCGCAGAUGCCUCUUGUUGGAGGCCUACAGAUCUUCUUCCUCAACAAUCCGAAUAUCGAUUUCAACCUGGUCGGAGUGGUUGAUUUGCUUGAUAUGCCCGGGUUGAGCGAUAUAUUGAGAAAGAUUAUUGUGGAGCAGGUUGCUGCUAUCAUGGUGCUACCGAACAAGUUGCCAAUCAUUCUGAAUGAUGGUGUUCCGGCGCUUUCGCUUAAAAUGCCAGAGCCCGAGGGUGUUCUUCGAAUCCACGUCGUCGAAGCAAAGGAUCUGAUGAAGAAGGACAUUAGUGUAUUGGGAAAGGGCAAGUCCGAUCCGUAUGCUAUCGUGUCCGUUGGAGCUCAGCAGUUCCGCACACAGACAAUCGACAAUACGGUCAACCCCAAGUGGGACUACUGGUGCGAGGCUGAGGUAAACGCAACGUUAGGGCAGGAAAUCGAACUCAACCUUUGGGACUGGGAUCCGGGCUUCCCAGGUGUCCAGAAUGACGACUAUCUUGGCAGAGCUACCGUCGAGAUAAGCAGUGUUACCAAAAAUGGAGAAAUUGAUACCUGGCUGACACUCGAGCAAGCCAAGCAUGGAUUGGUGCACCUGAGGUUGACUUGGUUCACUCUGAGCGCUGACAAGAAUGAUCUGAAGGCUGCCCUGGAGGAAACGCAACUGUUGCGUGUUACCUCGAUGAGCACUGCUCUGCUGACGGUGUUCAUUGAUUCGGCCAAAAAUCUGCCCCAAGCACGUCAGCAAAGCCAGCCAGAUCCAUACAUGAUCCUGAGCGUUGGCAAGAAAACCGAGCAAACUAGCAUCCAAAUGAGGACUGACGCUCCGGUGUGGGAGCAAGGGUUCACCUUCUUGGUGGGAAACCCUGACAACGAUACGCUGCAGUUGAAAGUGGUUGAUCAGAAGACUGGCAACACAUUGGGCACAUUGAUGUUCAUUCUCAGCACACUGAUGGAAAAGAAGAAUCUGGAGCUAAUGUCCCAGCCUUUCCAGUUGCAAAAAUCGGGUCCAGAAACUAAAAUUAUUAUGUCCUUGUCGCUACGUAUUUUGAAGCGGGCUAGUGACGUAGUCGAUGAUGCUGUUUCUGACAAAACUUCAACUUCGGAAGGUUAUGGGGGAGAAAGUACUCUUUCAAGGUCUAGUUCCAUCAGAACGGCCCCUGCCACAGUGGCUGAGUCAACAACUUCAGAACCGGUUGUAGCUAGUUCCAUCAAGAAACAGGAAUCACGCAAAUCAACUUCUUCCGGAAUUGUCGACCAAAUGUCUAUUCAGGAAGAACCAUUCGUCAUGUCCACACUGAAUACGGUCAUGAUGGCUACUCCUCCGAGAAGCCCUAAUCUGAGUGAAAAUGGAACAGAACUGCUGCGCCGUAGUCCGAGCACUACUUCUUCGGUUGGUUCCUCUGGGCUAGGCCGUAUUCAACUUACUGUUGCAUUCAGUGUUCAGCGCCAACGAUUGCUUGUGAUCAUCCAUAAAAUCAGCAACAUCCCGCAGAAGGAUCCAACGAAUAUCCCGGAUCCAUACGUCAAACUAUACUUACUUCCUGGUCGCUCCAAGGAAUCCAAACGGAAAACCAACGUAGUUAAAGACAACUGCGAUCCUGUUUUUGAUGCCACUUUUGAGUACGUCAUUUCCAAUGCCGAGUUGAUUAGCUCGGAGCUGGAGAUUACCGUUUGCACCCAGAAGGGAUUCUUCGGAAGUCCUGUGAUUGGCAUGCAAAAACUUACUUUGAAUGAUCCAGAUAUUGUAUCGCCACAAGGUGUUAAGGCUUGGUACGAUCUUUUGCCGGAAUCAAAGUUUGAAUAAAUCACGAUUCUCGUACGUGAAAUUUUGCCUAAUGUAGCAUUCAAACACUAAUUUACCUUCGCAAUUAAAGGCUAAGAUAACUCAGCAUACUUCAAUUAUGUAAGAUGAAAUCUUCAUAGGUCUUUUUUGCGCAUUUUAACAAAAAAAAAAAACUCUUGUUCCAUAACGUGCACUUUUUGCAAACAAAUUCGUCCACAAAAAUUUUAAUCUCUGAUAUUCGAUUAAAAAAAAAAUAGUUUGAUAGAAACGAGCACAUGCCAAGAUUUAAGUAAGGCAUUAUGAUUAAAUCCCACUGAAGGUGAACAAUGAUGCCUAGCAUCUCUUGUAUUUUUAUUAUAUUGUAAUCAAUAUUAUCGAACUCGUGUAUGCAGAGAACAUGAACAGAAUAUUUCAAAUUGUCUCCAAAUCGUGUCAAUUAGUAGAAGAGAAAACCUACAACAAAAACAAAUAUGACAACUGUACCAUAACAAUCAACAGAUGGCCUGCAAGGGAAACUUUUAACUUCAUACAAGUCGUGGACAACAAUUUCGCUGCCGGCGGCCUUUAGAAUGUAAACAUGCCGAUAAUUACAUGCGUACACAAAAUAUGGCAGAACGAAACUUUAACAAGUUGUGACAUAAGGUUAGUAUGAUUCUAGUGCACAGAGCUUACUGAAACGAUUAUAUAAUGCACGAAAGUAGUGAAACAGUUAGCUUUAUGCCCAUGAUGCAAUUUAGCUCGAACAUAAGAACCUAUUACGCUGCGCUAAGAUGAAUAUGUCUCGUUUUUAGAUAUCGUGAAAUAAAAAUCAUUGCAAAGUUUUCUUUAUAAUCUGCUUUUAAUAUAAUAUUGUACAUGGAUAACAUACAAUCAACUCUUGAUAUUCAUAAUAAAAAGUACUUUAAGAUUUGUUUUGAUUACUGUAA